AUGAAGAAGGAGAAUGAACGACGACUGGAUGUAGUUUGUGAUGAAAAAGAAGCUAGGAAAAAAAAACCUAGCACUUUAGGUCCUCGAGUACCAGAAGGCCCUGUGGUUGACGAGCUUAUCAUCAACGCAGAGCCGGAUCUAAAAGAUAGGCUGAAGAAUGUGAGCAAAGCAAAAAAAGCCUAUGCUCAGUUAAUCGAAAGUAAGAGGACACCCAGUUUCAUCACAUUUCAGAAAAACGAUAUGGUAUUGUACAAAAUUACGAGUUAA